GGCUGUAUUGUGAUGGAAAAUCCAACCACCUCCAGUAGUGCCACUCCAGUAGUGGCACACAGUCAACAUAAGGGAUCUGGGCUUCCUGUUACAACCCACGGCGUAGCAAACACACAGGGAUAUGAUCUGCUGUAGCCAGGCUCUUGUCAGCUGCCCAGAUGGCCUCUUGGGGCCAUAGGCAGCCCUGUGUAAAUUAGAGCGGCCCUGAAAGUGCUGUAAUGUAAACCAGGGGCCUGGUCUUCAAUCAGGGAGGCACAAGGUGAGCCUCCUUGGCCUUCUACUACUACCCCACAUUUCGUACCCUGAGCAGGCUCAGCCGAAACAGAAAAUCAGAACCUCUCUUCUUUUUGGAAACAAAAGUUCAGCUUCUCCUUUGCAGGGCCCAAUGUCAUCAGUAGCAAGGAGCUUGCCCAAAGCCCUUUAGCUCCUCAGUGCAAUGCUGGCUGUGGAACCAGUUUGCAAGUCAGCAUCCCUUCUUGCCAAAUUCAUGUCUUGCUGUGAUUAGGGAACUAUUUACCUAUUUCCACCCUGCAGCGAUAAGCCCUUGCUGUCUCUGGGUCUCCAUCUAGUCCCACAGCUCAGAUUGCAUGGUUCCCUUGUUUGCUGGUUUUGGAAAGCGAUCAGACAGCCUCCCACAUCUGAGAACUUUGCUCCUGCCAAUGCCAGCAAGGAUCAGUUACUAACUGCCAAGGGAAAGGGGGCAGUUCCACAUUAAGAGAACUCCCCACUCCCCGCACAUGUUGUUGUGUGUCCAGUAUUUUUCCAGUGCUGUGCAAGUUGAAUUACAGCGAGUGAUGCUUUCCCUAGCUGCCCAGACACACUUGUGAAGGGACAUGGCUUCCACAAACAAGACACAUAUGUGACUGAUAACAACUCUAUUCCCUGAAUUCUACCCACCAGCAAGACUGCAUGAUCUCCCCCCAGUAAAGGAGACCAUGGUGAAGAGAGUUUCAAUUAUUGGAGCUGGUGUGAGUGGCUGCCUGGAUGAGGAGCUGGAGCCCACCUGCUUUGAGAGAAGCGACGACAUCGGAGGUCUCUGGAGAUUCACAGAACACGUUGAAGAUGGGAGGCCCAGCCUUUAUAAAUCCAUGGUCAGUAACACCUGCAAGGAGAUGUCGGCCUUCACAGACUUCCCGUAUCCUGAGGAUUUUCCAGUCUUUCUGUCCAACUCCCAAGUCCUGGAGUAUCUCAGGAUGUAUGCCAAGCAUUUUGGCUUUCUGAAGCACUGCCAGUUCAAGAUGAGUUAUAAAAUGUAGUGGCUGACCACAGUCAUCAGUGUAAGGAAAUGCCCAGAUUUCUCUGCCACUGGCCAGUGGGUUAUUGUCACGGAGUCUCAUGGGAAGCAGGAGUCAGCUGUCUUUGAUGCUGUUAUGGUUUGCAUUGGCUAUCUCUCUGAUCCAUCUCUACCACUGGAGUCUUUUCCUGGGACAGAGACGUUUCAAGGCAAGUACUUUCACAGCCGCCAUUACAAGCAUCCAGAUGUGUUUGAGGGGAAGAGAGUCCUUGUGAUUGGCAUGGGGAAUUCUGGAGUGGAUAUCACUGUUGAGGCCAGUCAUGUGGCUAAAAAGGUGAUGAUUAGCACUGGUUGAGGUGCGUGGGUGAUCAGUUGAGUGUUUGACAAUGGUUACCCAUGGGACAUGGUCUUCCUAACAUGUUUCAUAAAUGUGAUCCGGAAUUCCCUCCCUGGGCCCAUUACAACGUGGCUGGUUGCGCACAGAAUGAAUCAGUGGUUUGACCAUGCAAAUUAUGGCCUGAUACCUAAGGACAGAUAUGUGAUAUGGGAGCCUGUGCUGAAUGAUAACCUUCCAGGCUGUAUCAUCACUGAGAAAAUUUCAGUAUAACAGAGUCUGAAGGAGAUCAAGGAAAAUUCAGUCGUGUUUCAAAAUAGCCCCACGGAGGAGCCUGUUGAUGUCAUCGUCUUUGCCAAAGGAUACAAGUUCUCCUUCCCUUUCCUUGAGGAAUCUGUUGUCAAAGUCGAAAAGAAGCAGGCAUCCCUGUACACAUAUAUCUUCCCCCCUCAUCUGGAGAAACCAACCCUGGCGGUCGUUGGCCUCAUCAAGCCAUUUGGUAUGGUCAUGCCAGUUGUAGAAAUUCAAGCUCUCUGGGUCACGCGAGUCUUUAAGGGUAGGUGGAGCAGGAAGGUUAGUACAAUGUGAGCACUUCCUCAAAAAAAAAAAAAAAAAAAAAAAAAAGGCAGCGUUUCAGACACAGGUGGUGAGCGAGUGGGUAUGUCACCCCACGGCGACACAGGCCUCAAAGGGAUUCAUCCAGGAGUAGGAAAGGUAGUGCUCAUAGACUGGUAUCUAAAUUGGGUUGCUCCGCACUUUACCAUCUUACAGAACAUUUUACAACACAGUGACAUUCUUAAUACAUGAACAAGCAAAAUACCCCAAGAAUCAUCUUGGAAAUAUUGAGCUGGAUUUGUCUGAAUAGAAUUGCAGAGCCC